CCAAAGAUCUGUCUAUCCAUCUCCACAAACCUCCUCCGAAGACGGUGAUUGAUCAGUGUGGUAUGGUUCGCAAGAAAGGCUGGCUGGAAGGGUGGGCCGCGUGGACGAACUCGUUCUUCAGCCAGCUGUUCUUCAACAUCGGAUGGCAGAUAGGCAAGCGGCCUCUCGCCUUCAUGGUACAUAAGUCAAACAGCUAGCUGGCCCAGUGAGUGAGGCGACAGCCGUGGUUGUGCUUGUGCUUGUGCUGAUGGUUGUGUGUGUGUUGUGUGGUUGCAGGCGGUAUCUAUCGCGUGCGUGUUGCUGUGCUCCAUCGGCUUCGUGUGCUGGAAAGAGGAGAACCCACCAGGUACGGAGCGGAGCAGUUUGUUUCGUGUUGUCUUGACGCGCACGUUGCUUGGGUGGGUGUGGUUGUGCAGACAAGCUGUGGGUGCCGCAGGACAACAUAUCCAACGAGCAUCGGUACGCCACCUCACCCUGAGAUAUUAAUUCAUGUGUCUGCUCUUCUUUGAUUGUGGCGUGUUUGCGUCACUGUCUGUGGGUCACUAGUGACUUUAUCGCCGACAACUUCGGCGAUGACAAACAGAGGCUGAACUAUGUCAUCAUACGAGCGAAGGAUGACAACGUCCUCUCUGUCCGGUCACUCACCGCCAUCCAACAGGUGAUUGGAAAAUUCAGUAACAGCAGGCAGGCGGCACUGGUGGUUUGUGUCUCUUUCAGAUGCACGCGAAGCUGCUAUCGCUGCAAGCCCGCAUGGACAAGAAGUAUCGACGCGACUUUCCAAACAUACCUGACCCUUUCACAUUCAGGUGGCAACCACCAUAACAUUCCUUCCGCCGACGCCUCACUCUCUCUCUCUCUCUCUCUCUCUGCUGUUUCUGACCCACCCAUCUAUCCACCCACAGCGACGUGUGCGUGAGCCAGGGCACCAACAAGUGCCUGCUGCCGGGCCUGCCCGAGGUGUUUGACCUGGCCAGUCCGAUUACCCUCACACAAGCCGACAUCUUGAGCGCCGUCGAUGCCAAUGAAGAGGAAAUCACGCCGUGGCUUGGGAAGAUCCGCCGGGACGGUGCUGGCAAGAUUGUGGGUGCGGAGGCCGUCAUCAUGACGUACUUCAUCACCGCCGGCCCAGAUUUUGAGAUUCGCGAAGGAGUGAGUUCUUUCUGAGACACAGACCCGGGCAAGGGCAACUGAUGGUAUGCCAUGAAUGUGUGUCUUUGCUCGUGCAGGGUGACGACGUCCAUCCUGCAGGUUUGGCGUGGGAGCAAGAGGCCCUCGACGAGGUCUUCUUCAAAGACAACGAUGAUCUCGACUUCGCGCCUCUGAUGGACCGCACUCUCUCUGACACCUUCGGAGAUGCCAUCCAAGGAGGUACGCAGAUUUCCACCACUUGGCCCUUCCCCUGUUCACCUCUUCUCCUCACGUGGUGCUAACCCAACAGAUAUCUCGGCACUCUUCGUUGGGUAUCUGCUGCUGCUCGGCUACCUCUUCAUUAACCUCGGAAAGCGAGAUGUGGUGCACUCGAAUCGUUCUGUCAGCUUGCAUCGUCUCCCCUGCCCCACCCCUGUCCGUCUCUGAGCGUUUAUGUCUCACUGAUUCUGUGUCUCUCUCUUCACUGAGUGAUUCAUUAUGGACGAUACAAGAUAGUGUCCAUGUGUGCAUGGCUGUUGCGUUCCUUGCCUGUCCGAUCAGACCAUGCCAAUGGCACGUCCGUGCAGCGGGCCGUGCUGCA